AUGGCACAUUACUCAGAAUUUACACAAUAUCUAACUGUAGCUAUCGAUCAUGUUUGCUCUCCUAGAUAUAAAGAAAUGUUUGAAGUCGUUGCUAAAGAUCCACCAGAUAGCGUUACAAUGGAACAACGUACUUUACUUUAUCUUCAUCCCAACAACAUCUCUUGGUAUAACGGUGAUCAACGUCAGAAUGUAAUAGAAAAAAUUCGAAGUGCUAAUCUAAAAUGGUUUAAUAAUUGGCUUACUGGAUAUAAUACAGGCCAACCACCAUAUGUUAAGUGGAAUUCAACGAUGGAACAAGCCGUUUUACAUCUUACUAAUUUAUUAUUUCGAAUAGAUUUUGGUGAUAUAAUUACUAGUGAUGAAUCAUAUAAAGAAUGUCGACAGAUCGCUGAUACUGUCAAAGGUAUUUUAAUGUCUGUCAUUGAAUCCAAUCCAAUAACAAUUGAUCAAGCUGCUAUACCAUAUGUUCAAAUACUUCUUCAGAUUCUUUUCUAUUUUAGUGUAGAUAAUGAACUUGCUAUCUAUCUUAAAAGUCUUGAAUUAGUUAAUCUUAUGAAUGAGUUACUACGAACAUCAAAUAAUGAUAAUGAAAUUCACUUACAUGCCUAUCGAAUUCUUGCAGUUAUAUUGGCAGAAGAGGAUUUAAAACAGCUACAAAAUUCGGAUAGAAUUGCAGCUGUAUUCAUAGAUUUCAUUAAAAAUACUAUUGAUGGUGGUAUUUCUCAUGCAGGUCGCUUACACAAUAUUCUUCGAAGUCUUAAAGCUUUGACACAACAUGAACAAAUUCGCGAAGAAUUGAUUAAACAAAAUGGUUCUCCACUUUUUCUUCGCUGUGUAAUGGAAGAUCAAGAUUUACUUAAAGCUAAACUUCCAGCACUUGAAAUUAUUCUUGCCUUGGGGUUCAAUAAAGAUUUUGCUAUAUUGUUAAAAGAUAAUACGAAAUUUAUGAGUUAUAAUCGAACAUUGGCUUCAUCACGAGAACAGACUAUACAACGAGUGGCUACUGCAUUAAUCUGGAAAUUAGAAAAAGAUUCCGAUAUAGUUGUGAAGAAAAUCGAAGAUGAACCAAGUAUACCUUCCGGAACAAAAACUGCCAAAAAACAAUACGAUAUUAUGAUAAGUUAUUCACAUAGUGAUACAGAGCUGUGCCAUCGUAUUCUCGCAAGUUUAGAAAAAGAUAAUUUUAACGUUUGGAUCGAUUCUCAUCUGAUGCAUGGUGCUACAUUUGAUGCUAUGGCUAAAGCAAUUGAAAAUUCAGAAUUUAUAUUUGUCUGUAUGUCCGAUGCUUACAAACAGAGUUCAUUUUGUGAAAUGGAAGCUAGUUAUGCAAUUAAACGUCAAUGUCGAAUCAUUCCAUUAGUAAUGACAUCGAAUUAUAAAGCUGAUGGAUGGCUUGGAGUAUUAACUUCACCUUUUAUUUAUAUUGAUUUCCCAAAACUUGGCUUUGAUAAAGCUUAUGAAGAACUAAAGAAACAAAUUCAAUUAAUUCGAAUGAAUCACUCAACUUCAACGGUUAUCAAACAAGAUAAUUUACAUCAUAAUAUUAUUCCAUCAGUGAAUGAUUCAUCUUCAACGAUUAUUAAACAAGAUGAUUUACAUCCUAAUACUAUCCCAUCAAUAAAUGAUAAACUAAAAACAUCUCCAAACCUCGAUGUCAAAAAAGAGCCUCGUCCACUAGUGGAAUAUCCACAUUUUAUUGAUCGAUGGACCGAACAGCAUGUCAAAUCAUUUCUUCUUGACAAAGACUUAGAUAUUCUUUUGCCUGUUCUGGACGGAAUGGAUGGACAAUUAUUACAUCAAACAUAUUCUAUAUGCCAAGCUAAUCAACAAGCGAUGUUUCUAUCAUUUAAAGAAGACAUUGUCAAAUCUCAACAAACAACACUCACUUUGAAAGAAUAUCUUACAUUUCUCAAAGAAAUCAAAGUUUAUAUUCCAUACACAAUUGGUAAUCAAUUAAAUUCACCAUCCGCUGUUUGUAAUAUCAUGUGA